UAAAAUCCCUUUAAGUUUUUUAAAAAUGUCUUCAACCAGAGAAAAAUACGGGCCCCUAAUAGGUGCCAUAGAUGAAGGAACAUCUAGCACUAGAUUUCUGGUUUUUGCAUCUAAAACUGCGGAAGUACUGACCUACCACCAAAAAGAAGUACCGCACAUUUGUCCGCACGAAGGCUGGUUCGAACAAGAUCCCUUAGUAAUUCUCCAAGCCGUUUUAGAAACAAUAAACGUAACUUGCGAUAACUUGAAAAAGCUAAACUUAGACUUUGAAGACAUCGUAGCUGUGGGUAUAACAAACCAAAGAGAAACUACAGUUUUGUGGGACAAAACUACCGGCAAACCGCUUUAUAACGCUUUAGUAUGGAUGGAUAUGAGGACUUCAAAUACUGUAGAUGAAGUACUGCAAUAUGGCAAAAGAGACCAGUACUUUUUGCAGUACGCUUGUGGUUUACCUGUUAGUACCUACUUCAGCGCUUUGAAAAUCAAAUGGAUGAUGGACAACGUCCCGGAAGUGAAGCAGGCCAUGAAAUCGGGCAAUUGCUUAUUUGGAAAUAUCGACACUUGGAUUAUUUGGAAUUUAACAGGUGGUACCAAAGGUGGUUUGCACAUUACGGAUUGCACCAAUGCGUCAAGAACCAUGUUGAUGAAUAUUGAAACACUGAAGUGGGAUGCUCAGUUGUGCAGGAUUUUCGAUAUUCCGAUGAAUGUUUUGCCUGAGAUUCGGUCUUGUUCGGAAAUUUAUGGGUAUAUUGCUGACGGGUUGAAGUUGGCCGGGGUGCCGAUAUCUGGGAUUUUGGGUGAUCAACAAGCAGCUCUAGUAGGCCAACUAUGCUUCAACAUCGGCCAAGCCAAAAGUACCUACGGUACCGGCUGUUUUAUCCUAUACAACACUGGUACCAGCAUGGUACAUUCCAGUCAUGGACUUUUAACUACAGUAGGCUACAAAUUAGGCCCCAAUCAACCUACAGUGUACGCUUUAGAAGGAUCUGUAGCUAUAGCUGGAAUAUCUAUUCGUUGGUUGAGAGACAAUUUGAAAAUAAUCCAAGAAGCUGCUGAUUCUGCUGAGUUGGCUCAAAAUGUUUCAGAAUCUGGAGAGGUUGUUUUUGUGCCUGCUUUUUCUGGAUUGUAUGCACCUUAUUGGAGGAAAGAUGCUAGAAGCGUUAUUUGUGGUUUAACCGAAGAAACAAAGCCUGGGCAUUUAAUAAAGGCUGCUUUAGAAGGUGUGUGUUAUCAGGUAAGGGACGUACUUGAAGCCAUGUCUUUGGAUUGUGGAAUACCUUUAAAAAAAGUUUUGGUUGAUGGUGGUAUGACUGUUAACGAUUAUUUAAUGCAAAUGCAAGCGGAUUAUACUGGAAUACCUGUGGUGAGGCCAACAAUGUUGGAAACUACAGCUUUGGGGGCCGCAAUUGCCGCAGGUAGUGCAAAAGGGGUUGAAGUUUGGGACCCUACGAAGAUUCAACCUACACCUAAUGAUGUAUUUUCACCGUCUAUUAGUAUUGAUGUACGCGAUAUGAAAUAUACCAGAUGGAAAAUGGGCAUCAGCCGAAGUUUGGGAUGGGCAAUUGAAGACGAAAAGAAAACUUAUCGUUCCUAUUUAAUGGGUGACGAGGAAUCUCAUUCAGCUGAAGAAAGUAUUGCAUCUGCAUUGCCUGGGACUUUGUUUUUGUUUGGAAGUGCUGCACUAAUAACAUUAGCUCACGUACUAAAAGGUACAACUUGAAAAUUAAUAAAAAUUAUUAUUAUUAGAUAUUAUUAUUGGCUGUGGUUAUUAAGGAAUAAAUAAAACUAUUGUAAAUUA